GUGUAACCCUUUGAGUGGAGCUCUGGCAGAGUUGUUUCCCUCCCCAGAAACAGUCCCCAGAGCAGGGGCUACGUGACAGGUACGGCACCGCCGGCACCCCGGGCGCCCAGCCGCAGGCGACAAAGGGUCGGCGGAGUCAGAGAACAAACUCUCUCUCAAGAGGCAAUCUCUAGUUAAAAUGCCAUCUUGUUCUUCCGACUGCUGCCUUUUACGUGCCGUUGAGGAUGUAAAAGUCUUUAGUGAAGAUGGAACAAGCAAAGUGGUCGAGAUUCUAGCAGACAUGACAGCCAGGGACCUCUGUCAGCUGCUCGUUUACAAAAGUCAUUGUGUGGAUGAUAACAGCUGGACUCUAGUGGAGCAUCACCCUCACCUAGGAUUAGAGAGGUGCUUGGAAGAUCAUGAACUCAUAGUUCAAGUCGAGUCUACAAUGGGAAGUGAAAGUAAAUUUUUGUUCAGGAAGAAUUAUGCAAAAUAUGAAUUUUUCAAAAAUCCCAUGAAUUUCUUCCCAGAGCAAAUGGUUGCCUGGUGCCAGCAAACAAAUGGCAGUAUCCCACAGUCACAACUUUUGCAGAACUUUUUAAACUCCAGUAGCUGCCCUGAAAUUCAAGGUUUCUUGCAUGUGAAAGAGCUGGGUAGAAAAUCAUGGAAGAAAUUGUAUGUGUGUUUGAGGAGAUCAGGACUUUAUUGUUCUACAAAAGGAACCUCAAAGGAGCCAAGACAUUUGCAAUUGUUGGCUGACCUAGAAGACAGCAGUAUCUUCUCAUUGAUAGCAGGCAAGAAGUUGUACAAUGCACCUGCAGAGUAUGGAUUUUGUAUAAAGCCCAACAGAGUGAGAAAUGAAACUAAGGAACUAAGGUUGUUGUGUGCUGAAGAUGAACAAAGCAGGACGUGCUGGAUGACUGCCUUUCGACUCCUCAAGUACGGAAUGCUACUCUAUCAGAAUUACAGAAUUCCCCAGCAGAGAAAAGCCAUGCUUCCACACUUUUCCACUCCAGUCAGAAGUGUAUCUGAAAACUCACUAGUAGCAAUGGAUUUUUCGGGGCAAAUAGGAAGAGUUAUUGAUUUUUUGAGUGCUGCCUUGGAAGAAGGACAUGCUUGGAGGAAACGUAGCACAAGAAUGAACAUCUUGGGUAGCCAAAGUCCACUCCAUCCUUCCACACUGAGUACAGUUAUUCAUAGGACACAGCACUGGUUUCAUGGCAGAAUCUCUAGAGAAGAAUCUCACAGGAUUAUUAAGCAACAAGGGCUUGUAGAUGGACUAUUUCUACUCCGGGACAGCCAAAGCAAUCCAAAGGCAUUUGUACUUACGCUGUGCCAUCAUCAAAAAAUAAAGCAUUUUCAAAUCUUGCCGUGCGAAGAUGAUGGACAGAUAUUUUUCAGCCUGGAUGAUGGGAACACCAAAUUCAGUGAUCUAAUCCAGCUUGUUGAAUUCUAUCAACUAAACAAAGGAGUCUUGCCCUGCAAACUCAAACACCACUGCAUCCGAGUGGCCUUAUGACCUCAAAUCUGACUCUCACUCAAGACUGGAUUUGCUAGAAGAGUAGUUGUAAAGAGAACGUUGACACUGGGGAAUUGGCAGAUUUGUAAGUUGGUAAAAAUAAAUAAAAAUAUUAUGCACCUUGGG